AUGCAUGUCACCGUUGCGUUGCUCUCACCACCCCUCGCACGUUGCAGCUUUGGUGUGCUCAUGCUUGUGGUGCUCACUGGACGGUUUUCACUUUUCGAUGAUGCUGGGGAGACCAAGCACAUCGUGGUGUGGGUAUCCGAGUGCCUGUCAUCAGGUGGUUUAGAAAGCCUCAAGCACCCCACCAUGGACGCCCCUGGGGAUGUUGUGCAGCGCUUGGCUGAGCUGGCAGUGAGCUGCACCGUGGAGCGCACUGCAAGCCGCCCAAGCAUGGCGCACAUUGCCACCCAGCUGCAGGCUGUCAAGGAGGAGGUGUUGGGGAAAGAGGAAUCUGGCGCUGCCAUCAAGGUGGAUGCGCAGGUCCAGGAGAUGAAGGAUGCUGUUGCGGGUGAGGACAGCCUGGAGGCACAAAUUCAAAUGAUUGAGGAUAGGGUCAGCUUCAUCUCUGAACACCCAGUCUAG